GAGAAAGACAGACUUGAGAGUUUGGUAUCAAAAAUGCACAGCACACCAUAAGGAAGGGAGGGGGACAGGCAGAGACAAUGGAGGCUGCGGUAUAGGCUACUGCAGUGCAGGUUUGUGGGUUGUUGUUUCUGUGGCUGAAGAUAGAUUUUACAUUCGAAUUCUGAGAGACGUCUGGUAACCCGUAGCUGAGCUGGAGAGUGAUAAUGUCUGUACAGGCCAGACGACAACACAGCAUACAGCAGCCAAUGAAAGAGCCCGGAACAGGAAGCUGAGAUGGAGUUCCCAGGGUGCCCAGCUGCUGCCGGCGUUGCCGUGGGCGACGAGGCGGAGCAGGCGGAGAAGGAGGGCCACGCCCAGGUUCUAUUUGAUGAGUUUGUCCAGGCGUCUACCUGCAGAACGACACUCCGUGCCUUCAACCUGCUGUGUGAGCACCUUCAGCUCACACACACACAUACUCAGCCACAGACAUACUCCGCAACGCAGCCGCAGAGGCCUUUCUACCACACCCUCAAAGAACGCCUCAGCUACUGGAAGGCAAACGCACUGUGGGCCAAACUGGACAAACGGGCGGCCCACCACGAAUACGGGAAGGGCCGUGUCUGUGCCAACACCACGUGUGUGAUCAUCGGGGCGGGGCCAUGUGGUCUGCGUACAGCAGUAGAGCUGGGGUUCCUGGGGGCCAGAGUGGUGCUGCUGGAGAAGAGAGAUGCCUUCUCCAGGAACAACGUCCUUCACCUCUGGCCUUUCACCAUCCACGACCUCAGGGGCCUCGGGGCCAAAAAGUUCUACGGCAAGUUCUGUGCUGGAGCCAUUGACCACAUCAGUAUACGGCAGUUACAGUUGGUGUUAUUAAAGGUGGCUCUGUUGCUGGGGGUGGAAGUCCAUGUCAACGUAGAGUUCAAGGGACUGGUGGAGCCACCUGCGGACCAGGAGCAACAGAAGGUAGGCUGGAGGGUGGAGGUGAAACCCAAGUCUCACCCUAUUAACCAACUGCAGUGUGAUGUGGUGAUCGGAGCUGAUGGACGACGGAACACACUGCCAGGGUUCAGGCGUAAGGAGUUCCGUGGCAAGCUGGCCAUUGCCAUCACAGCUAACUUCAUGAACCGUAACACCACGGCUGAGGCCAAGGUGGAGGAGAUCAGCGGAGUGGCCUUCAUCUUUAACCAGAGGUUCUUUCAGGAGCUACGGGACGCCACGGGAGUGGACCUGGAGAAUAUAGUGUACUACAAGGACGACACGCACUACUUUGUGAUGACGGCUAAGAAGCAGAGUCUGCUGGAGAAAGGAGUCAUUCUGCGGGACUCUGCAGACACAGAAACACUUCUCUCACGGGGAAACGUGGACCAGAAUGCGCUGCUGGCCUACGCCCGCGAGGCGGCGGACUUCUCCACCAAUCACCAGCUGCCGUCCCUGGACUUUGCCAUGAACCACUACGGGCAGCCUGAUGUUGCCUUGUUUGACUUCACCUGUAUGUACGCGUCAGAGAACGCUGCACUGGUCAGACAGAGACAUGGACACCAUCUGCUGGUCACACUGGUGGGAGACAGCCUUCUGGAGCCGUUCUGGCCCAUGGGGACAGGUAUAGCACGGGGGUUCCUGGCAGCAUUGGAUUCUGCCUGGAUGGUACGGAGCUGGGCUCAAGGCCUCGCCCCCCUGGACAUACUUGCUGAAAGAGAGAGUCUGUAUCGCCUCCUUCCUCAGGCCUCUCCAGAAAACGUCAACAAGAACUUUGGUCAAUACACCGUCGACCCAGCUACCCGCUACCCAAACAUCAACCCCCAACUCAUCACACCCGCACAGGUGGGGCAUCUAAUAUACACAGAAGAGAGUGGAGGUUCGGGUGCGGACCAGGAACCACGACCCCGAUCCCCCUUGCCGAAGCUACUACGACAGGGGUCCUUUCUCUCGCUCCAGGAGGAUAGGGGAGGAGGAAUGAUGAGGUUGGGGUUGGAGGUGGCAGAGAAGGAGUUUGGCAUCUCUCCUGUGAUGACUGUCGAGGAGAUGUCGUCUGUCAGUGAAACGGACACUCUCUGUAUGGUCAUGUACCUCAGCCAGUUUCACCAGCUCUUCAAGGACGCACUGCCCCCAAGCGAAUCCCAGACUGAGAGCCCAGAUGGGAGGGCUGCUGUGAUUGGUCCUGCCUCUCUCCUCAGCCGCCUGGGCCACAGCCCAUCCCGCAAGCGCAACCCCAAGGAGCAGAAGGAGAAGGAUGCGGUGGGGAAGAGGAGGAAGACCAGUCGGCCAUGUCUGGAGGAUGUGAGACAAGAUCUCAGAUUAGUGGACAGUUAUGAGGAAGAGGCUGCCUUGUGCUCUGUGGGUGGAGCAAGCCAGAGCAGAGUGCGCUCGAUGGCCAAUCAGCUGCUGGCCAAGUUUGAGGAGAAUGCCCCUUGCCCCUCCUCCACGCCAGCUGCAGUUCUCCGCAGACAGAAAUACGUUCAGAUGUACACAGGGGGAGUGAGCUCAUUGGCUGAACAGAUAUCCUCUCAGCUUCAAAGUCAGGAGUCACCAUCACCCCAGCACACUCCUGAUAGGAAGGAAUCAGUAAGAAUGUAUUUGAAUGAAUCGGCUGCUGUUCGCUCUGUGUUGGCAGGGCCGGGAGGGGCCAGUGACGUAUGUUUCUUCUGCAGCAAGCGCGUGUACGUGAUGGAGAGACUCAGUGUUGAGGGACUGUUCUUCCACCGGAGCUGCUUCCAGUGUGACCACUGCAGCUCCACCAUCCGCCUGGCCUCCUACGCCUACGACCGGCCUAACGGGAAGUUCUACUGUAAGCCGCACUAUGACCUCCGUCUGGUCGGGCCGGUCCAGAGGAAGAGACCAGCCCCUCCUACCUCCGACCAGCACCCAGCCCCCUACGAACGGACCCCCUCUCAGCGGACCCUCCUGGAGUCCCCAGCUGCUCUGUCCACUAACCCUCGCUCCUCAGUAACUGUGAUGACAGCAGAUCGCAGGUCCUCAGUGGCAUCUCUGAUUGAGAGGGAGUGUGGCUUGGCUAAGCGCGUGCGCGGCACGCCAGAACGUAUAGAGCUGGAGAACUACCGUGGGAGCUUGGGGAGCCUGGAGACUGAGCAGCUAACAGAUGAGCCGGAGGAGGUGCCAGAGGAGACGCUGGCCAAUUACAACCUCAGUCUGUUGGUGACAGAGGAGAAGAAGGCCAAUCACAAGCGCAGCUCGUUGUGGGACAACGAGGGCUCCAGUUCAGAAUCAGAGACGGAGGAGGAGGGGGAGAGGCAGCGGGCUCUAACCAAUGACCUGGCUAGAGACUCAUGGAGGAAGGCCAUGGAACUACACGCACGCCUCCGAGGAGAGAGAGGAGAUGACGAAGAAGAGACAGAAGAAGGAGAGGAGGAAGGAGAGGUUGAUGAAGAUGAUGAUGAUGAGGAGGAGGAGUUAUCUAGUGAUGGGGAAGGAGCAUCUCCCCUCACCGCUGAGGAGGUAGCCUCGUUGGACGAGUGGCAGCAGAGCACACACUCUCCAGACACACACUCUCCAGACACACACACACCUGACACACACACGCCUGACACACACUCUCCAGACACACACACGCCUGACAUACAACUGCCUGACUCGACAACACCCGACACACACGGUCCAUACAGCCCCACCAGUGUACCCAAUAUCACCUUCUCCACUCCAGCCACUGCCUCAACACUGUUCACACCCUUAACGUCGCAUGCACCCACACCCACGUCCUCAGUCUCAAUUCCAGACUCCUCUGUCUUUACCUACUCCUCCCCCAACUCCUCCACCACCUCUGGCUGCUCCCCGGGUCCAGACGAGGGAGAGGAGGAUGGGGAGAAGAAAGAGAUGAAGGAGAGAAAAGAGCGAGAGGAGAGGGAGAGAGGGGGGAAGGAGAGGGAGAGGGUGCGUGACCCCAGCAGUAGUUCCGGGAUCGGUGUGGGCGGGAGCUCCACCACCUCUACCUCGGACCCUCUCACCCCUCCCUGCAUCCCUCCCCCCGCCCAGCACAGGGCAUGCUGGGAUAGCCUGCCCCACCCUGCUGUGGAGGCGGAGUCACUGCAAAGCCCCGCCUCUCGCUCUGCCCCUCGAUUUGCCCCCGCACCUAUCAUGGUGUCGGCUGUUGUGCGGGGGGUCAGGGGCAAGAAGCUGAAACCGUGGGACAUGGAUGGGGGAAGGGGAUCUGUUGCGGGGGGGUCUGUUGGGGCGGGGUCUCUUGGGGAGCAGCUGUGUAAGGGUGWAGUAAUAGACCCCUUAGAGGACAUCAACCCCCCCUUGUCCCCCCUGAAGCCCCUUAAGGCAGUGCCCAGAGACGAGAGAGAGAUCGGGAGAAGAGGGAGAUGGAGAGGAGGAGGAGGAGGAGGCUCCCUCUUCCCUUCACGUAAGUGCCGCAGGGACAACCAGCCCCCCAGCCAGAGUGUGUCGGAAGCGGGCAUAGGAGAAGGUGGACCCCUGGGCCUGUGGAGAGCUGUCUUCUCUGGCUAUAGGACCGGAAGAAAAGGGCAGGACUUCCCUUCCCAUUAUGACAACAGCCCCAGCCCCCAAAGAGCAGGGCAGGAGGAAAACUUCUGCGGAGAGAAGAGUUCAGGGAGCGCCAGAGCUGGUCGGAGCCGGAGGAGUCAGACUCACCUGCUCUGUUGUGAUGGAAGAUGCUCCAUGAACCCCAAGGCCAACAGGCACGUGGGGAAGGAGAGGGAGAGGGACAGUUCCCCCCAUAUGGAUACACAGCGGAAGUCAUCGUGCCCUACGGAAGUUGUGGGGGUACUGGUGCACAUGAAGGACCUGAAGGACCCGUCCAGCCUGGAUGUGUCAGAGGCCAUGUUCCACAGAGACAGAGACCCAGAGGAGGAGCAGCUAGAUGCCAGGUUAACACGCAGAGUGCAGAGGGCAGCACGUAAACAGGCCAAACAAGAGCAACUCAAGAGACUGCACAGAGCCCAGAUGAUCCAAAGGCAGUUGGAGCAGGUGGAGGAGAAGCAGAGGCAGCUGGAGGAGAGGGGUGUGGCUGUUGAGAAGGCCUUGAGAGGGGAAGCAGACUACUGGGGAGAGUCGAAUGACAGUGAAGAGCUGGACUUACACCUUGGCGUCAUGGGCAGGCAGGAUGACCCAGCUCUGAUGCAGCAGUGGUUCAAGCUGGUCCAGCAGAAGAACUGUCUGAUGCGCUAUGAGUCAGAACUCAUGAUAUUUGCUCGGGAGCUGGAGUUGGAGGACAGACAGAGCCGUCUUCAACAGGAGCUCAGAGAGAGGAUGGCCGUGGAUGACCACCUGAAGGGCGAGGCAGAGCUGGCUGAGGAGAAGCUAAUCCUGGGGGAGAUGUUGGAGGUGGUGGAGCAGAGAGAUGCUCUGGUGUCUCUGCUGGAGGAGCAGCGGCUGCAGGAGAGCCAGGAGGACAGAGACCUGGAGGCCAUCAUGCUGUCCCGGGGCCUGGGCCUGCACAACUGGGCCUGAGCUCUAUCCCGGAGCCUGGGCCUGCACAACGGGGCCUAAGCAACAGACACUCACGUCACUUCCUCUCUAAAGCUGCGAUCAGGGUCAUGGUUGUGAGGUCACUUCGCCUCUGAUACAACGUUAUGACCAGGAUCAAGGCGGGACUGUGUCUGGAUGAUUCAUUUUUAGGAUUGGAUAUGUUUCCCCAAUCCCCACUGCUACACCCGUCCUGCUACACCCCUGACCCACUGACUGAUGGGCCUUUGAGAUGGCUCGAUGUUCUAUGCGCACUAUACUCACCCAGGCUGUUGUUACGGCGAUAUAUGGCAUGUUUGAAUGAUUUGUAUUGUUAUUCAUUAACAAUUUAGAGAAAUGUAUAUUAUGUAAAAAGAAACCAUACAAUUUUUUAAACUUUUUUUAAAAAAUUACACUAAUUAUGUUUUACUUCAUACAUUGG